GGACCCCGCUGUAGAACAUGGAGGGGGACUUUCGGCCGCAGGUGAAGAAGGUGGCGGUGGCCAUGGGCGCUUCGCUCACAGACCAGGACAUCGACCACAUGCCACAGGGGCUGACAACACAUGAAAACUUCAACUACAGCCGGUUUCUGGAGCACAUGAGGCAGUUCAAGACCUCCGAGCAACGAGAGGAGGUCAUCAAGAAGGCCUUCGUGAUGCUCGACAAAGACGGCAGCGGCUACAUAGAGUGGAACGAGAUCAAGUACAUUCUGUCGACUGUACCGACUGCAACCCCGUCGGCUCCUCUCUCCGACGAGGAGGCCGAGGCAAUGAUCCAGGCUGUCGACACUGAUGGAGACGGACGCAUCGACUACAGAGGUAGUGUUUUACAUUUUACUCUCUCUGAUGCACUGGCCUACAGUCACCACUAA